AUGGAGAACGUAACCACUCACGAAGCUGCUGAGGGGGGGGAAUCUCACGAGUUCGCUGCUGCUGCUGCUGCUGGCGCUGACCACCACCGGAGCCGACCCUCUGCGCAGCGCCACCCCGACCAGCUCCCCUCCUCCGCCGCCGCCUCCUCCACCGCCGCCACCUCCACCACCUCCGCUCCCACCGCCACCGCCGCCGCCGCCUCCGCCUCCACUGCCACCACCGACGCCCCCCACCCCCGCCACCACCCCCACCGCCACCCCUAA